UACGGGAGGUGUUGUGACAGUGAAGCCGAGGGGGGGGUCUCCUAUUCAUCGGUACUAGUGGGUGUGAGGUGGGCACGCCAAAUGAAACCCGGCGUGGAUCGCUUUUCGGGGACUAUCGGCUUUGGAUGCUGUAUGUGUGAGCACGUUGGAGUAAAAGGGAGAUCCUGAUGAGCCUGGCGGGUGCGACGGUGGCUGGCCACCAAGGCGGCGGGGCACACCAGCGAGAUUCCAUGAUGGAGCAGAAAGUCAGCAAACUGAUGUCCGGCUUCCAGCACAGUUCCACCUCAGACGACGACUCAGGCUGCGCACUGGAAGAGUACACCUGGGUACCGCCCGGUCUUCGCCCUGAGCAGGUCCAGUUGUACUUCUCCUGCCUGCCUGAGCAGAACAUCCCAUACGUCAACAGUCCGGGUGAGAAGUUCCGAAUCAAGCAGCUCCUCUAUCAGCUGCCACCGCAUGACAAUGAGGUUGGCUAUUGCUGCUCCCUCAGUGAGGAGGAGAAGAAGGAGCUCCACAUCUUCAGCAUCCAGAGGAAGAAGGAGGCCCUGGGGAGGGGCACGCCCAAAAUAGUGCCCUACAGUCGUAUGAACAGCGUUUGUGAGCAUUGUGGCAAGAACGUCGGUGGCGGUGAAAUGGCGGUGUUGGCGUCCAGGUCGGUCCCUGGGAUGUGUUGGCACCCGGCUUGCUUUGCCUGCUCCACGUGUAGCGAGCUGCUGGUGGAUUUGAUCUACUUCUACCACGACGGAAAGAUCCACUGUGGAAGGCACCAUGCCGAGCUCCUCAAACCUCGGUGCUCAGCCUGCGAUGAGAUUAUAUUUGCUGAUGAGUGCACGGAGGCCGAGGGGCGCCACUGGCACAUGAAGCACUUCUCCUGUUUUGAAUGCGACACGAUCCUGGGGGGACAGCGCUACAUCAUGAAGGAUGGCAGACCCUACUGUUGUGGCUGCUUCGAGUCCCUCUAUGCAGAAUACUGUGAGGCUUGUGGAGAACAUAUCGGUGUUGACAAUGCCCAGAUGACCUACGAUGGUCUCCAUUGGCAUGCCACUGAGAGCUGCUUCAGCUGUGCCCAGUGUAAGAGCUCCCUCAUGGGCUGCCCCUUCCUGCCGCACCAGGGUCACAUCUACUGCUCCAAAGCCUGUAGUCUGGGGGAAGACGCACAAGCCACCGAUUCCUCCGACUCGGCCUUCCAGUCGGCACGCCCCCGGGAGUCCCGUCGCAGCGUGCGUAUGGGCAAGAGCAGCCGCUCGGCUGAUCAGUGCCGACAGUCGCUCCUCUUUUCGCCGGCAGUCAACUACAAGUUUCCUGGAUUGAGUGGAAACCCCGAGGACACCAUGACCCGCAAGUUCACCCAUUUCAACUUAUCUGAUGAGCAUUUCUGGAGGGGGUGCGGUGAGGAGACACAGGCGCCUGAGGAUCAGGCGGAGGAGUGGGCGGAGCAUGAAGACUACAUGACUCAGCUACUAUUGAAGUUUGGGGGAAAAGCGGUCUUCAGACAAGACAAUGACUCCAGACCCACAGGUUUUUGGGUUGCAGAAAAGGCAGCAGCAAAGAGGAAGCAGGAGUCCUUCAAAGCUGGUAGCGGUGAUGGAGAUGGAAGGGGAAGUCUGGCCAGCAAGAAGUACCAGGCUGACAUGUACUGGGCCCAGUCGCAGGACGGGCUGGGGGACUCAGCCUACGGUAGUCAUCCGGGCCCGGCUAGCAGCAGAAAGAUCCAAGAGUUGGAGCUAGACCACGGGGCUGGAGCAGAGUUGGGAGAUGAGUCGCAGUGGUACGGCAGCUCUUUGGAGUGCAUCACAGACCAGUUCAAGAAGACAGAUCAGAGUGUCCGAGACUCCGUGGACUCAUUGGCUCUCUCCAACAUUACUGGGACCUCAGUGGAUGGUGAUACUAAAGACACACCUUUGGUUUACUCCAUGCAAGGCUUCCACGAGGCUGAGGACUGUGAGAAAACAAGCAACAUGGGAACCCUCAACUCCUCCAUAUUACACAGGAGUGCAAAUUCCCUGAAGAGCCCUGCAUCCGAGCAGGAAGAGGAAGCAGAGGAAAAUGUUGCAGGGGAAGGAGCAGCGCAUCUUCCAGAGGACAGACCCAAACCACACGUCCCUGCUCUGAGAAGGACACGUUCGCAGUCUCGGCAGCAGCAGGUGAAAUUUUCGGAAGACGUCGUAGACCAUUACGGUGACCUCCCGGUGCGACAGCCCCCCAUGAGUGAGCGGACUCACCGGAGAGCGUUCCACUUUGAGGAGCAGGGCCAGGAAGUUCAUUCCAAGGGGCGCAGCCAUCAUCAUCACAGGAGGCGUCACAGCCGCAAGUCUCGCUCGGACAAUGCUCUCAACUUUCUGCCUAAAGAGAGGGGCUACAAAGUGGACCGUAGAGGGAACCACACCCAUGGCCAUUGGAAAGACCUGGCUUUCCACGGACACCCGCCUGCUGCCACAGUGUCAGACUACAGGCUUCAGGGAUCAGCCGUAGGGAGGUUCUUAGAUCUGUGGGGGGAGGAUGACGACUGGUGCUCUACAUGUUCAUCCUCUUCCUCUGAUUCGGACGAGGAGGGCUUCUUCCUGGGUCAGCCUAUCCCUCAACCUAGACUGCUUAGACAUUACUAUACUGAAGACCUGCCCAGCCCGGUGGCAGGCGUGUCCUCCCCUCCUUGUGGUCAGUGGACUAAAUCCAAAAAAAAAGGGCAUAAGAGUAAAAACUGCAUCAUAUCUUAGGCUUUAGUCUCACAAUUUGGUUCUUCUCUGCAUUUUUCCACAAAAGCUAAAUGCUUGCUAUGUCAUAUUUCAAUUAGCUUCUGUGGCGUUACGAUCUGCUGGUAAAUUACUACAAUGUUGAGUUCAGAGUAAUGCAUAUUUAUAAAAAACACCCAUGGAAGUAUGUUGGUGUUACACGUACAUUCUGUAGAGAUAAAAUGUGGCUAUUUUUUUUUAACCUCGGCUUAAGCCUAGGUCACAACCGGACGUAAAAUGUUUAAGCCGUGCAAUUUGUGGCGUUCCCCAAAUCGCUGCGUUUUUAAUUGCUGGUGGAGAACCUACUUGUGGUGAUCUUGGAGUAAGAUCACCCUGCACGUAGGCAACGUACAACCUGGAAGUGGAACGUGCGUACCAUGCACCAAACCUGAGGACGUUUGCUUCAUCGGUACUGCCGACGCAUGGAAGUUCUAAGACCAACGUCAGUCAAACUUGCAAUAAAAGUACUGACCUCGCGUUCCAUGCGGGCUUCCUAUGAAGGAUGAAAGAACCACGCGUGAGCUGUACGUCGUGCAUAUUAACCACGUAAGAUCUGUGCCGGAAACGUGAUUGGUUCUGCACAUGCACGAGACGUACGUCUCUUCCUCCACUUGCAAAUUUUAUCACAGAGCUUCUGCACCAUUACGUGCUGUGAUGUUUUAUUUUUUUUCAACUUCUGAACAUAAAUGGUCAAUAAGCACAUGUGAUAGGUGUCAUAUGGUGGGGGUUGUUAUUAAAAGACUUGAUGGUCUUUAUUCACCAAGCGUGACCUCAUGCAGCACAUGCACAGAUGCACCACAGGCGUGUACGUCAUGUGACGUAAAUAACAAUACUGUAUGCAUUGCAACAGGAAUCACAUAGAAAUAUAUAUUUCCAUACGUAUUACAAUAGAGACAUAGCGAAGAGGAAAAAUAGUAGAAAUAUACAUUGAUCAAUACAAAUACAGAUCAAUAAAGCAUAGAAAACAAAGCCCUGCAGCUUUAUAUGCCCCACUCUUCACGUGAUGGAUGCACUCUCACCGUACGGGCGACACACCACCCACUUACCCCCCCCCCACGCACGGACCACGUAAGAAAUAUCUGAACGUGCGUUGGCUGCACUCAUUGCGUAUGUGGUGUGCACGUGUGACACGCGAACAUACGGAGUCUGCAAGUGGACAAAACUGACAUUUUGCCCAAACCUGGCACCAGCAAAACGUAGGAAAGACGCACGUUGGCCGUACGGACGACGCACCAAGAUGUACGAAGUGCGUAAGUUUGUCUGGCAACCUGAAAAAAAACGUAAGCGCCCGUAGAGAUUGACAUGACAAAGAACCUCAGCGGCCGGUCUUCGGAUCCAAAAUCAGCACGUUACACACGCACACCGUCCGUGCGUUUCUUCGGGGUUUUGCACGUAGACGGGCGGUAGUAACCCGUACGACCAGUUAUGACCUAGGCUUACUGGCACGCUCUUGUACCGUUAACACCAGUUUCCCCCCCAAUGAAGGUGGUCUUAAACGUCUUUUAACCGGCAUUCAGAAACACGUUUGUAAUGAACCAAAUUGCAUUGUAUAAAAGUAUCAACUGGAGUAUCAGCUCCAGAUAAAUCAUUGGAAUAAAAAAAAAUGUCAGGAUGUGUACUGUAUAUACGUUACCCCACUCCCACAAACAUGUACAAAAAACACUGAAAUCAUUUCAUUCAAGGUCAUUCUUUUAUUUGCAAGCCAAACUAUAAAAUAGUCUUGCCUAGUUUGUCAUUGAAAUUGGACAAAGGAGCAAACAGUAAAAUAUCAUGUUAUGUUCAUGUUGGUCCACCAAUACUGUUAAAGGCAUCGCUAUCGAUGCCACACACCUCCCCCCAGGGCACGGCUUCUCCACUGGUGGGGCUGCCAAACCCACCAUCACCCCCCAACCACAAACUGCGACCCAAAGUCAAAUAUUCAUUCAUUCAUUCAUUCAUUCAUUCAUUUCCUAUGCCACUGUCCUCACUAGGGCUACAGGGGGGAUUCUGGAUGCUGCUGAUCCCGCCUGACAGACAGGGUACAGCCUAGACUGGUUGCCAGCCAAUCACAGGGCUCUUUACAAAAGUAUGACAGUGUGUGUAUACAAGUACAUUUAAAAACAUUUCAUGAUGAUUAAAACCAAGGCUUUGAAUUCAUGUGACGUGUAAUUGAUAAAAUCAUGAGCAUUUUGUCCAUCUUAGCUGGGGGUCCCUGACAACUCCAGCGCCUCAUCCAGUUCUUUCACGUAGUGCCUGAGGGUGGCCAGGCAGUGGUCUUUCAUCUCGGUCAAGUUGGCACUGAGAGCCCCCUGAAGCAGCGUCUCCAAAGUGGGCUCCUUGGACACCAGCAUCUUCACCACUGUGGAAAACGUCUGGCAAUCCUGCCUAUAAUGCUGCACCACAGUAAUCAAUAUCAAUCAAUCAUUCAAUAUUAAUCAUUCAUUCACACAUGGGGAGGCUGUUGGGGGUUAGGUACUACGGUCUGGACCAAAAACAAACAUACCUGGUGUGCACUUCACUGCUGUUGGCUUUAGGGGCAUCCGAUACAACUUUGAUACUUUUGAUACAAGACUGAUGUUGCAGCCUUGGGUAAUGGCCAAUACGGAUAUUGAUCCUAGGUCAGCAGGAAUCAUUCAUACUUUUAUGACUUAUUUUCUAUGGAAUCACAGGAGUGCCAAAAUUAAAAGGGAAUACGUGUGGAAAUACAAAGACAAUCAAUAAUACAAAAAAAUAUACAAAUGUAGUCAUAUUCUUUUUCCAUUUUGUCUUUGUUUUUCCUGUUUUGUAUUUGUCUUUUCCACUUGCGUUUUCUCAUUGCUUUUAGUCAUGACAAAGGCAAAAGAAUGAUUUCUGUAUUGUCUUUGUUUUUCCAUUUUGGCGUCGCUUUUCAUGUUUUGUCUUUGUCUUUUCCAUUUGCGUUUCGUCAUUUAGUAAUGACAAAUGCAAUAGCUUGCAAAUGCAAAAUGAUGACGACUCCAUACGUGAUUACACGAUUUCUGCUUGCAGUGGCUAUGUCGUUAUGGAAACUCGGGAGCCCGGAAAAAAUGUACCGGACAGAAAGUAGACGCAAGUACACGUUUAUCAAAAGUAAACAGGGAAAUUUAAAUAAGAUAAAAUAAGGCAUUUACCUGCUUAAGAUUGCACCACACUGCUUCAUCCAUAUUUGCAAUCAUCAACGCAGAUAUAGCCUUUAAAGACUUUUUUAUCAAAACUUUCCAUGACAUCUUCCACCAACCGUGCAAUUGCUCAUAAUUCUCGUUGAACACGUCUUUUCAAUUUGUCCACCAUAUUUAAAUUUCCCCCGAAUGACCCGCCCACAGCAAAGGCUGUGUAAUGACAAAUGCAAUACCAUGCAAAUUCUUUUGCAUUUGCAAGCUACUGCAUUUGUCAUUACUAAAUGACGAAACGCAAAUGGAAAAGACAAAGACAAAACAGGAAAAGCGAUGCCAAAAUGGAAAAACAAAGACAAUAAUUCAAUCAUUCUUUUGUCUUUGUCAUGACUAAAUGCAAUGACAAAAGGCAAGUGGAAAAGACAAAGACAAAACAGGAAAAACAAUGGCAACAUGGAAAAAUAAUAUUUUUGUAUUAUUGAUUCUCUUUGUAUUUCCGCAUGCAUUCCCUUUUAAUUUUGGCACUCCUGUGAUUCCAUAAUUUUCCAGUGUGGAAUGUUAGCAGAGGCUUAAUCAAGUCAUAUCAGACAAACAGAAAACAAUAAUCAGCAACAGUAGAUAUGAGAAAAACAGCCAUGUAAGUCCUUAUGCAUGUGCUGUACAGUUUGAUAUCACGUAGUGAGGUAUAUUUAUGCAUGUGCUGUAUAGUUGUAGUUACAGUAUCAUGUAGCAGCUAGGCUAGUAGCAUCAUGUAGUGAGGCUCAAGGUGCUCACUGAAGCGUUAAACCCGACAUUACUCAUCACCAACUGGAGCUGUUCUUGCUAACUGACUGACUGACUUAUUGCUGUCCUGUGGGAGUUUCCCGUGUGAUGCUGCUUCAACUGCACAAUGACUUUAGUCACCAACACAGGAAACUUGUGCAUGACAAGUUUUCCACUCGGCUGCAUCGUCUUUUUCUGGACUUGAACAAAAAAUACUACCACACAGCCACCAUCACUCCUAUUCCAUGCUACUUUAUUGUUAGCACGUUAGCACACACUGUUGUGAUCACGUGCGAUCUAGCUGGCCCCUGCUGGAGUGGAGUCCAGAAUGGACACCUUGUAUCGGACUGCCAGUAUUGGAGAUUUUAAAUGCAGGCCAGAGUAAUCAUUUUUUUCUUUCCUGAUAUCGGACCCCUAUCCAACAUAAAUAUCAGCUCGGGACACCCCGUGUCUCCCUCUGUGUGUGUGUCUGUGUUUUUAAAAGUAUAUUUUCCUUAAAUGUAAGCUAACAAAUACAAGAGAAUAUAAAAAGUCAGCUACAUAUUCAACCCAGCUGCCCAAUCAACUGUUUACCUGAUGCACGUUCUUUCCUGCACAGCCUUUGGUCACAAGACAAAAAUACAAUAAUGUGAACAAUAACCAAAGUGUACCAAAGUGCAGACCAAGUAUCUUUUGCUUUAUAUUUCUGGCCUUGACCAGAGUAGUGAAGCACCAGUGAUCCACCUUGCAUUGCUCACGUUUCAUCGAAGGCAUAUUUGCUUACUUUACCACCAACUUCAAUGGAAGCUAAUUGUAUUGGAUCCUUUUCUGCCGCAGCACACGCAGAAACCAACACCAGCCUGGCAGCUGUUCCUAAGCGUGAACUCCAUGAACCCAUUCCUGGUAAACUGGUGUAUUCCACCAAACAGGUGUGUGUGUGUUCAUGUGAGCAUACUUAAAAAGGCAAGGUGUCAAAAGUCUUUUAGUGCACUGCAGCAUUCUUUGGCACGGUAUCCUAACGAGCUCUUGCAUCGCUCACGGACUUUACUGCUGACCUAAAGUGGCUGUUAAGUUCGUUCGUAGGCCCCCCAGGUGUGAACUCGCAACCCUUCAUCACCUUCAUGUGGGACCAGUUACUCAAAUAGGGCCGGCCGGGAUAGCCAGGUCCUCCAAAAUACUUGUACCCUUCAAUCAGGGUCAACAUGCACUGAGGCUCAUGGCUGGUGAGGCACUGACAUCUUUGGAGUUUUUCACGUAAAUACAGGAUGCUCAUUAACAAGACAAAAAAAACAAUAAUUGACUUUGCUUCAAAAAUAUCUUCCAAUUGUUUUUAAAUACAGUGGUCCCUUGGUUAACAUCUGCCCCGGUUAGCACCUUUUUCACUUAACAAAUGAUGCCUUAGCUUACGUUCGCCCACUUGUUUAACAUCUAAAAUGGCAUUCGGUUUGUGUACACCGCCAUCUGGGAUCACGUGGCCAUGUGAUUGAGCAAUGCGCAGUGGGCUGCGGGCGCUAUUUUUGGUUGUUUCUAUGAGCGUUGUAGAGACAUACACCACGUAACAAACACACAACAGAGAAAGGCCAUGGACCGUACGAGACAACACCUCCCAGUUUUAGGGCUUAAAGAGAAGAGCGUGGUCAUUUCAGAGGUAUGUAGAUGUGACGGGAGUGCUCCACGUGUACACAUCUACUCCGCUUGGGUCUCGUCUGACAUCCAUAACACUCAUUUCUGCUUCCAACAACAAAACAUAAGCAUUCAGAGUUAGCUAGGCGUGUUCACACAGUCCAACAUAGCACACGUCACCACACACCUUAUAAGGCAUCCUCACCGACACUUCCACCACGUCACUGCCGCCAGCGCUUGGUUUUUGAUCAUUUCCUACAUCAAAGUCAAGGUACGUGUUUAUUGGCUCCACAGCGUUCACAUUUACUUUGGUAUAUUCAUGCAAACUGUGGUUCAUUGUGUCUUAUUUUCUUCUCUGAUGGUUUUCUGGGUUGCUUUCUAACAAAACGAGGUAAAAGUGACAUUAAAUGUUCACUUGUCCAUUCAUUUGUCAUUAUUUUUGCAUCAUUUUCUGCAUGUAACACUAGAAUUAUUGUAUAUAAAAUGUGCUUUGUGUUAACAUUUUUUGUUGUCUGGAAGGGAUGAAUUGGAUUUACAUGAUUUUUGGUCCAUUUUGGUUUGAGUCGGACCUUCUGGAACAGGUUGAUGGUGUUAACCAAGGCACCAGUGUACUGUGUCUUGGGCCCAUUUAUGCAUUUGUGUAUCUGUACAUGACGUACGCACACUCUCCUUCUCCAGGAAAAGUUCUCACGCUUUGGAGUAAACAUCUGAUCACCUUCUAGUGAGUUCAAACAUCACUCCCUCACUCAUACUUACCAUGCUUUUUCAAAAAUGAAAGAAUGAAUACAAAUAGUGAAAGACAAGUCAUACAGUAUGUAGUAUUGUGGUCCUUUGGUGUCAGUAAUGUUACAUUGAUGAGACAUGAGAUUAGAUUAGA